AACGGGGUCGGUCUGGCAGCGAGGCAUCGAGCACGGGCCCUGGGGUCGGUCGAUUCGAUUCAAACUUUGGUUGUGCUGGGGGACGGGUCCCCGUCGUGUUGUCCAGCAUGCGACUAUGCUCGUUCCGUCGAGGAAGCGAUGCAAACGCAACAGCGACGCAGAUAUAGAGCGAGCGUUAGCCUUCGUUAACUCGCCUCGAGGUUGGCGUGCUCGAAAUCGACCACAAAUUCAUUCGCACCGCCGUGUCCGCUGAGAAGCUCGAGGGCUCGUGUACAUACAGCAUACAGUACACAUCGGUCAGUUGCUCCGAGUAGGAGGACAUCACAAUGUAUCUGGUCCAGGACAAGGGAGGUGCCAUAGCGUUAAUGCUGGCGGCUCUUGUUUUUCUCGGAACAUGGCCUGCGAUUAUGAACUUUCUGGAGCAGCGAGGCCGUAAGUUGCAGCACACGUACCUCGACUACUCGAUCACCAACUUACUCGUGGCGAUUGUUUUCGCACUUACGUUUGGCCAGUUUGGGCAUAGCGACGAUGGACAGCCCAACUUUCUCACUCAGCUAGGGCAGGACAAUGGACCAUCAGUGGCCUUCGCACUUGCUGGUGGUCUCGUCCUCAGUGUUGGGAACCUCGCCUGUCAGUACGCUUGGCCUUUUGUGGGCCUGUCUGCCACGGAGGUCAUUUCUGCGAGCAUAACCGUGGUUAUAGGUUCAACAAUGAAUUACUUCCUGGAUGGACGCAUAAACCGUGCAGAGGUUUUGUUUCCGGGUGUCGCCUGCUUUUUGAUAGCAGUUUGUCUGGGCUCCGCUUUACAUAAGUCGAACGAUAAAGACAUAAAACGGAAGCUGCAAUUAGCUCUCAAAGAGCAGGGCUCGACGGAGGAAUUGAAAACCAGACCUGCUGUAGGAGCUGCCGAGCCAUCUGAGCUGGAGAGCGGCGUCAAUGUUCCAACCACUGAAACAAAAACUGUCAUCGGAAGUGCUGAAUUCUUGAAGCAGCUGGAAGACAAAAGAGCCGUGAAAGUUGGAAGUGCGAACUACUUGUUCGGACUCAGUAUAGUGCUCGUCGCCGGGCUGUGCUUUUCUCUCUUCUCCCCUGCAUUCAACUUGGCAACGAACGACCAGUGGAACAGCUUGAAACCGAACGUGCCUCACCUCGUAGUCUACACGGCCUUCUUUUACUUCUCCAUCGCAGCAUUCGUGUUCGGCUUCGGCAUCAACCUCUUAUUCUUAUACCGUCCUGCCAUGGGGCUACCCAAGUCGUCCUUCCCUGCUUAUGUAGCAGACUGGAAUGGCCGCCCCUGGGCUUUACUCGCAGGAGUGCUCUGUGGAUGUGGCAACGGAUUCCAGUUCAUGGGCGGCCAAGCUGCGGGCUAUGCUGCAGCAGAUGCAGUCCAGGCCUUGCCCCUCGUCAGCACUUUCUGGGGCAUACUAAUAUUUGGAGAAUAUCACCGAUCAUCUCGCAAAACGUACGUAUUGCUGGUAUCGAUGUUGGUCAUGUUCAUAGCGGCGGUGGCAAUUCUGAUGAGCUCAUCUGGACAUAGGAAAUCAUAAACGAGCUGGUGUUUGUGAAUCAAACUUGUCUGCCUUGAAAUAUGUGUAAAACUCGUCUGUUACCGUCACGGUGACUGGUAGCUGAUCCAGCUGUGAUACAUAUAUGUAUCGUGCACGCCAGUCGGACAUAGAGGAAGUUAUGAUGAUGCUGUCUAUGUCUUCUGUCAAGGACCGUAUGUAGAUCGUCAAUCUCCUCGCUAGAGCUCCUGAUAUCUGACAUACCGAGAUAUUCAUUACCUACGAUGAAUACCCAACCUGAAUAGCUGAGAUCAGUCCUUCGGAGCCAUACCACUUUCAUAUAUCCAAAUGGGUACAUCUCGUAGAAUAGAGUGCCCUUCGCUAUAUAUUGUAAAUAGUUCGCUUCUCUUACACCGCCAGGUCCGCAACCAGAUCUCAUUCAGAUAAUCUGAAUUGUACAUUUUUUCUGUAUAUGGAACUAAAUUUCUCCCU